UGACUCUGCGUCCAGUGCUUGGCCUGCGUCUUGGAGCCCCUGUCUCAGCCACUGCAGCAGGCAUCAUGGCCGUGGACGUGGCGGAAUACCACCUGAGCGUCAUCAAGAGUCCCCCUGACUGGGAGGUCGGUGUCUAUGCUGCCGGGGCCCUGGCGCUGCUGGCAAUUGCAGCCGUGAGCCUGUGGAAGCUCUGGACAUCCGGGAGCUUCCCUAGCCCCUCCCCGUUCCCAAACUACGACUACCGGUACCUUCAGCAGAAGUAUGGCGAGACCUACACAGAGGCCAGGCAGAAGAGAGUGUCUGCCUGGAGUGCCCCAAGGGCCACUGCUCGAGGACCACCCAGUCGCAAAGGCAGCCUCAGCAUCGAGGACACCUUUGAGAGCAUCAGCGAGCUGGGGCCCUUGGAGCUGAUGGGCCGUGAGCUGGACCUGGCCCCCUACGGGACCCUCCGGAAGUCCCAGUCGGCUGACUCCCUGAACUCCAUCUCCUCCGUGAGCAACACUUUCGGGCAGGACUUCACCCUGGGCCAGGUGGAGGUGAGCAUGGACUACGAUGCCGCCUCCCACACCCUCCACGUGGCCGUGCUGCAGGGCAAGGACCUCCUGGAGCGCGAGGAAGCCAGUUUCGAGUCCUGCUUCAUGCGCGUCAGCCUGCUGCCCGACGAGCAGAUCGUGGGCAUUUCCCGGAUCCAGAGGAACGCCUACUCCAUCUUCUUCGACGAGAAGUUUUCCAUCCCCCUGGACCCUGCAGCCCUGGAGGAGAAGAGCCUGCGGUUUUCCGUGUUCGGCAUCGAUGAGGAUGAGCGGAAUGUCAGCACUGGCGUGGUGGAGCUGAAGCUUUCUGUGCUCGACCUCCCGCUGCAGCCCUUCAGCGGCUGGCUCUACCUCCAGGACCAGAACAAGGCCGCUGACGCUGUGGGCGAGAUCCUGCUCUCCCUCAGCUACCUCCCUACGGCCGAGCGCCUCACCGUGGUCGUGGUGAAAGCCAAGAAUCUCAUCUGGACCAAUGACAAGACCACAGCGGACCCCUUCGUCAAGGUGUACCUGCUGCAAGAUGGGAGGAAGAUGAGCAAAAAGAAGACGGCUGUGAAGAGGGACGACCCCAACCCGGUGUUCAACGAAGCCAUGAUCUUCUCGGUGCCAGCCAUCGUGCUCCAGGACCUGUCUCUCCGUGUGACGGUGGCUGAGAGCAGCAGCGAUGGCCGUGGGGACAACGUGGGCCAUGUCAUCAUUGGGCCAUCAGCCAGUGGCAUGGGCACCACGCACUGGAACCAGAUGCUGGCCACGCUGCGCAGGCCCGUGUCCAUGUGGCACGCCGUCCGGCGAAACUAGCAGCCGGGACAGGGCCAGGGCGGGCCCUGGAGCCGCCUGGAGCCGGGUGCAAGCUUAGCUCUAACGCCCUUCUCCACAGUCCAGCUGCAGCUGUGAACGCUGGGGUCCCCUGGGGGAGUCCCCACGAGCCAUCUUGGUCUCUCUGUCCAGACUGCAGUGGAGGAGUGGGCCUGGCCAGAUGUCCAGAGAGCCAAGGUUUUCUCCCGCUGAGGGCCAGCUGUGGCUGGGCCAGGACCUGGGGAGGGCAGCCGGGCACUGGCCCCUUGUGCCCCCAUCUCGAGAUCCCCAACAGGUGUGUCCCUCGGCCUGGGAGGGGGCCUCGGCCUCUCAGAACCUGCGAGCUCCCCAUACCCCACCCCUGCUGUGAGGCCAGCACCAGGCUGGGCCACGCACAGGAACCGAGUGAGUCUUGGGGGCCAGGUGCUGUGCUAGGCACUGGCAGGGUGACACGGAUAAGACACAGCUCCUCGGAGGUCAGGAAGACAAGAUCCCGCUGCCCUGGUGAUCUGCUCAGUGCUGAAUGGUGGCCCAGCCGUGUGGACUCAGGGAGGGC